GCUGGCGUCUAUUUACAACGCAUCGUUUUUGUUUAUUGUUCAGUCAGAUUGGAUCAAGAGCUUAUAUAUGAGGCUGCAGCUGGUUUAACUGGAAACAUUUGUGGUCCGUCGACUGUUCGAGAUCAUUGCACACGACUGUCAAAACUCAUAAGCAUCGGGGAAUCCGGAGUAACUGAGGAAUCCGAGUGCCAACAUGUUGUUGCCCCAGGAAGCCUGCAAUCCCGGCUUUUGUGAUUGCCCCUUUCCCAACUCCGUUGAGGUAACCACCCACAAGGGUCACAUUCCCGACCUGGUCAAGUGUCGGUGCGGUGAGGAUGAACUUGGCAACGUAAAUCCCUGGAAGUGGCACGUCUCGGAUGAAUCGGAUGCCAUAGUGACCGAGCGGGACAUCAUCUUCCAUCCCACCUACAGCCAGGGCACGGCUAUUGUGCGAGGAGAAAGGCCCCUGAAGCCUGGCAUGGUUCACUUCUGGGAGAUGCGCGUCAUUACGACGCUGGCCGGCACAGAUGUGAUGUUUGGCAUCGGCACGGAAAGCGUAAAUCUAGGGCAGUUCAAGUUCCACUUUGUGUCGGCUUUGGGCACCAAUGCCCAGUCAUGGGGAUUUUCGUAUUCCGGCCGAAUUCAGCACUGCGGCGAGCAGCUACCCUACGGCCAGAAGUUCUCGCAGGGCUGUCUGAUAGGAGUCUGUUUGGAUCGGACGCGCGGCCAGCUGGAGUUCUACCUGAACCGCCGGUCACUGGGAGUGGCCUAUACGAAUGUGCCCACGGAUCCGGAUAUAAACAUAUAUCCCAUGGUUUGUUCAACGGCAGCCAAGUCUGUAGUAAGGCUGAUCAAUUGCACAUCACAGCCGGUGACGCUGCAGCUGCGAUCCUUUCAAGCUUUGUCCCGGCAGCCGCUCAAACUCGCCGAACUGCGCCGGAUGCCGGGUCUUAAGGGCAUUCUGCAAUCCUACUGGUUCCUAGCGCCGCCAGUUCGCUAUUCGCGAAACUCUCGCGAGCAUGAACUGGAUCUGGGCGACGAGGCGGUGCUCUCCAGCUCCAAGCUGAGGUUGGGGCGCAAGCAAAAGUACCGAGAAACUGACGAUGCGGUUGUAGACGAGGACGACCUAUACGCCAAUGCACACAAGAUCGCGUUGAGACGCAACGAUAGCGGCGACGAGGAGCAAACUGCUUCCGUCCACGAGAUGUGCGACGAGUACUUCCACUACCUACUGUAGAGCCUAGAAAACAUAUCAAAAUAAUAAAUUAUGCAUUUAUUUAAAGAAGUGUAAUUAUUAACAUAAUAAGUAAAAUUGAAAUCAUAAACAGAAAUAGAACAAACAAAUUCAAUUAGCAAUUAGUAAACUUAAAUAAAUUGAAUUAUAAUCUGAUCAAGUGUGGAUAUUAUCCAACCAAUGUCUAUAGGUGUCUACAUUUUCCUUGCCUUAGUUACUUGAUAAGCUUUGUUAAACAUUCUUAUCGUAAGAAAUGGACACGCUUUUAAAUUUAAGUUAAUAAAGAAAUAAAUGUAGAUUGACAUGA